AUGAAUCGGCGAUCGAGUCGCGGGGGUCUCCAAAGCGCCCAGUCCCCACUUCCCGAAGCGGCCAAGACCUGCUGGUUGACCGCGAACGGCGCUCCUUUGAGUCCUCGCGCAGUCGAGGAUGAGGCUGUAAGGGCUGCCCUUCGCCUGGUUGUUGUGCCAAUGGAUACCGGCGACUUGAAACCGUCGCAUUCUGCUACUCGCAAGUCUUCGCCAACGACUUCCCCGCUCUCUCCAGACGAGCAGAAAAACGGUCGCAUCGCGCAUACGCUGACUGCCUGUACGAGGUGUAGACGGAACACGACCAUUCCGAGAACGUAUAUCCUGCAAUUGCAAAGCAAAGUCCGAAGGCUUCAUGAAGAGCUGGAACGAGUCGAGACGCAGAUCGAGCAGUCGCCGGACCCUGAGCUGAUGAUCCGCGGAGGAGGCCAAAUCAAAUUCAAGGAAAAUGACGAAUCAAGAUUCUUGGGGCCGUCGAGCGGGAUUGCCAUUACGCGUUUUGUGAUGGAGAUGGCGAAACAGAACACAGACUCGAAAAGCAUCAAGGAGGUUGUCAACGAAACAACGGCGCAGGAGAUUAAGCAUGUCUUCACGAAAGAGAGUCAAAAGCCGACUUCGAAAAUCUAUCCGCUCGUGAGCUCCGUCGCACAGCCGGAUCUACCAGAUCGAGAUCUUACGGAUAAAUUGGUGGAUCUGUUCAUGGCAAAGGCUCAGUACAUGCUUCCCACAUUGCACGAGCCAUCUUUCAGGCGAGAUGUCGACGCCGUUUACAGAGGCUCCGACGACCCGUGCCAAAAUUUCCAAUUGAGGAUUGUCAUCGCUAUCAGUAUGCAAAAGUUGAGCACUCAAUUUGCCGGACUGGCAGAUGCCUUUUACUUGGCUGCUUUACCUUACUUAGAUGCGUGCAUUCGAAAAAUGGAUGUCUCGACUCUGCAAUGUCUGGUCCUCAUCGGGCAAUACUCACUGCUGACUCCCACAAGAACUGCAGCUUAUUGGGUUGUCGGAACUGCCGUAAAGAUAUGCCAAGAUCUGCGACUUACCGAUGAGAGCACGAUUACGAGGUCCGCGGAUGGCCGACCGCUAAGCUUUCUUGAAGUCGACAUGCGGAGGCGGUUGUUUUGGAUUAUAACGUCGAUGGAAUAUGGUCUCUCGCACAGUCUAGGCCGGCCCAGUGCUUUUUGCGUUAGCCAUGAUCACAUAAACGUCAAGUUCUUUGAAAUGGUUGAUGACAAGUACAUCACCCCCGAAGGCGUGCUGCCAGAAGCCCGUCCUAUAAUGAAGAAGUGUAUUGCCAUUCAUUUUCUCAAAAUGAGGCUAUUACAGGCUGAAAUCCGGCGUACGCUUUAUUUAAGGAAACGGAGCACACCGAUUGAUGACCAAGACCCAUGGUUUGCGCAGAUGCUGCAGAAGCUCGAUGACUGGGUGAAUUCUUGUCCUACAAACGAUGAAGGAAGCGGACUUAGUCGAGUUUGGUUUGAAGGAAGACGCAAUACCAUGAUUGUCUUUAUGUAUAGACCGUCGCCCCAGGUUCCGGAACCAUCAAUACAAGCUGCCCGCAGGUGUUAUGAUGCCUGCGUGUUCAACGUCAAGAUGCACAAAGAGCAAGUCACAACGGGUUCAGUGGAUCUAACUUGGAUUUGGACCCAAUCUUUAUGUAUGGCUUUGAAUACGAUCCUAUGGUCGCUUUCAUACCCCAGCAUUCGCCAAGAACAUCCGUUAGGCGAAGUAAUGGAGCAUAUCAAUGUUGCCAUGGAAGUACUUGCUGUUAGUGCGGAGCGUUGGCCAGGUGUCGAAUCCUGCAGGCAGCUCUAUAAGAGCCUGAUUGCUGGGUGUCUCAAAGCAUAUGGGACCGGAGAGUCGUUCGUCGUGCGCUCCCCGUCCAAUCGCCCUUCUCCCGCUUCCUCCUACGAUAUGACCACUCCACAACCAGUGUCGAGUCCCGACCCAAGCCCAUCUGCUACAUUAAUGCCACCUCAGUCUACCUCUGCUUCUAGAAGAUCCGCAACAGUGUCGUCCGAAGGGUCGCAUGAUAUGAAUGACUCGAUCGAGCGAACAAGCACAUAUUCCGCGCGCAAUAGUUUCUGUGGAUCAGAGUCUCAAACCACCAUCUCCCACCCGCCUUUCUCACCGUACCUUACAGAUUCUAUUCCUACACAGCAACCCAUAACCAUUCCUAGUUGCGAUACUCCAACCUCUUUAGCCCAACUCCACAAUAUAUUCGACCCCAGCUCAUUCCACAACUCAAUCCCAUCCGUGGUCCCCGGGCUGCAGAACUGGGAUGCAAAUUACUCCGCGGCUUCAACGAUGGCUGGCCAUCUUUCCUAUACCAACGCGGGACUCGAUGAUCCGAUGAUCUGGACGGGCACCUUUGGCGAACAAUACUCGCAGUUUUUCAAUCAACCGUUUCCCAACACUGGCUGGAGGGAUCGAAGUCUAAGUCGAGAAGAGCAAUCAGAGUUGAUGGCGAAUCUAGUCAACGAGAUUCCCGAUGUCUCUUAUCUCAUUAAUGAAUCUGCUACCUUUUAUAAUGCCAUGCCAUGA